AUGGCCAAGAGAAAUGUUGCUGCUAAUUCUCCUUUUGAGAGGACUAGCUUGGCUUCUCUGGAUCAAAAGUUGGCCAUGGCCAAGCGCUGUUCUCAUGAGGGCGUGAUGGCAGGAGCUAAGGCAGCUGUUGUUGCUACCAUUGCCACUGCCAUUCCAACACUGGCUAGUGUAAGGAUGCUACCUUGGGCAAGAGCCAACCUCAAUCACACUGCUCAAGCUCUCAUAAUAUCCACUGUGGCGGGAGCAGCAUAUUUCAUAGUAGCUGACAAGACCGUUUUGGCAACUGCAAGAAAGAACUCCUUCAACCCGCCCUCCAGUGCAUGA